CAGCGUGUCCUGGGUCGCCCCCGGGGUCUCCUCCGGGUGGGACGUGCCCGGAACACCGCCAUCCUAAUCAGACGCCCGAGCCACCGCAUCUGGCUCCUCUCGAUGUGGAGGAGCAGAGGCUCGACUCGGAGCGCCUCCCUGAUGACCGAGCUUCUCACCCGUUCUCUACACACACACACACACAUAUUCUUCCUAUUAUCAAGAAAUUGCGGAAGUAAAGCAGUUCAGAAAGGGAGCGUCAGGUGAUUGGAAGGUCCAAACGUCCCCCGGGAGGAAGGUUUGGGCAAACCAUCUCCCCCACUGCUUUCCCUCAAGGUCACCCUGCUCCCACCCUGUCCACACUGAGUCACCCUGGUGGAGGUUCGUGCCGUCAAACUGCUGCCAGGUCAAAGUUGACAGCCGUUGAUAAUAGACGAACGUAAUGUUGUAGUGACCUGACGAGGCCAGAAGUAUUUUUAACGCGCAUCCGGCAAGCGCGGGUGUGUAACAAUGGGUCCCAAUCAUUUUUGUUGUCAUUAUUUUAUUGAAAGUGACCCAAGCAUCCAUUUUAAGGGGCGCUGCCGACCUCACCGGGACUCGCAUCGGCAGAUGUAGAGGUUCAAAGGUUCUUUCCGUCUGAGAACUCUGUGCUACGUUUCCAAUCUGCGUUAGCCCGCGGCGACAAGCUGACACCACGUUUCUUUAUUGACGCGAUCAAAACAUUUUGUUCCUUUUGCAGGCAGGCAAGGGGAAAAAAAGGUUGUCAGGAGUUGAACUUCUUUGUGAUCACAGAGCACCAGGGAGGUGAUGGAAGAACUCAGUGAAAACUCAGCUACACUGCUUAAGUGUCCUUCUGCACUUCUGCAAGGAGACUCGCAUCUCUUCAACAAACCACUCCACUCUGAAAAAGUGACUGUUAGAGGCGUAUUGCCCCAGCAACAGCACAGCGAUCCAAACAGAGAGCAGAACGACCACCAGGGGUCAGUCAACACGCUGCACAAUGUCAGCCGAGUACAAAGUCAGGACGACCGUGCUCAGCAUCAAGACCAUGUUCAGGAUCCUGUCCAUGUACCAAGUCAGGACCGCGCCCAGUAUCCCAUCCAUGUACCGCAUCAGGGCAAUGUCCGCUACCCCGCCCGUGUCCAGGAUCAGGAGCACGUCCCGCACACUGCCCCAAAACACGAGCCGCAGGAGCGCCUGCAUCCUGGGACGUACGAGGACGCGGCGGCGGCGGCGGCGGCGGCGGCGCUGCCUCUUCCCCACAUGGUGGCGCUGCUGAUGUCACAGCUGCAGCCGGCCCUGCAGCACUUCAACCGCUCGCUGGAGCUGCUCGGGCGGCAGGUGAGCCAUCUGGCGCGGGACGUGGCGCGGCUGGAGGGCGACGAAAGCGUCCGGCAGGCGGCGGCGCUGCGGCGGCGGCUGGAGAGCGAGCUGCACUCCCAGCAUGCAAUGCUGCACUACAACAUCAGCAACCUCAAGACCGACCUCGACCUCAAGCUCAAACGGCACAACAAGAUGCUGCACGCGAGCCUGCAGGCCAUGAACGCCAGCCUGGCGGACAUCAAGCUGGAGCAGGAGCAGGAACGGGAAGAAGAAGAGCGACGGGGAGCGGAAGCGGGCCCGCCCCGGGAGGUGGCGCGCCUCACGAUGUCACAGACCUCCUCCUCCUCCUCCUCCGCCGCCGUGUGGGAGGCCAUCGAGCGUCUGGACAACACGGUGGUCAACAACAGCAUCAAGGUGGACGAGCUGGCGGAGGACCUGGCGGAGACGUCGAGCGGCGUCCGGCAGCUGCGGCGCGACGCCGAGGCGCUGGGCGAGCGCGUCGACCGGACGGCGCGCUCCGGCCAGGUCCUGUUCAUGGAGACGGGCCUGGAGGUGGAGGCGGCCAAGGUGGCCGUGCUGGAGCGGGUGGAGCAGCUGGCGGGCAACCUGAGCCGGCAGGUGCAGCGGCUCCACGAGAUGGACGUGGACGUCGACUACCUCUACGCCGUCCUCUACAAGAACAACUCGUCCGAGUGCGACUGCCGCCGUCUCGACGAGGCGCUGGCCCGGCUGGAGAUGGGCGUGGUCAACGCCACGGAGCUGGCCAAUGAGAACCGCCUGGCGUCGGAGGCGGCCGCCCGGGCGCUGCGGGAAAGCCUGCGGCAGGCGAAGGAGUCGAUGACGUCGGAGCACGACAGGACGACGGCUUUGGAGUCGUCCGUGCGGCAUCUGAGCGUCCUGGCGCGGGAGGUCCGGGCCCGGGCGGGCUCGGAGGAAACGGAGCGCGUGCUGGCGGAGAUGAAGCGUCUGUCGGCGUCGUUCAACUCGCUGCUGAAGGACGCCAUCCGCCACAGCGACGUUCUGGAGAUCCUGCUGGGCGAGGAGGUCCUGGAGUUCCUGGAGUGGCCCGUGCAGGACCAGGAGGCCCACUCCAUCCCGGCCCUCAAGGAGCACCUGAGGAUCCUGCAGCGGACGCUCGGCGGACGCAACCUGAGCCUCGCGGCCGACGAGCCAGGAGACACGGAGGAGGCCCCCCCGGCGGACGAGCCGUCGCGGUGGUCGCCGGGCGGCGCGACGAGGAACGACGGCGGAGGAGGAGGACCGUCCGGGGAUCGCCCGAGGCGGACCGGCGGAGACGGCGGCGACCUGUGGAAGCUGGAGAGGAGCGUGGAGGAGCUGAAGAUGAAGCUGCGGCAGAUGGAGGAGGCCGUUGCAGACGAGGAGCAGCAGCAGCAGCAGGAGGAGGUGUCGGCGCUGCGGACGGAGGUGGCGCGGCUCGAGCGAGGCCUAGAGGAACACCUCAGGACCUUCAGAAACGUCUUCAGCAACGCCGACGUGCUGGAGAGAAGCCGCGCCGCGCUGGAGCUCGACAAGCUCCAGCAGAUGCUCGCCACCAAGGAGAAGAAGAAGAGAGGAGGAGGAGGAGGAGGAGGAAGAGGAGGACAACAUCGCAGCAGGAGGCAGGCGCCAGACGUUCCCGCCACGCUCGACCGAUCGGCGUCCUCGACGUUGCCGCCGGCCGCGACGUUCGACGACCCGCCGCCGAACCCGGGACACUUGCGCCCGGACGCCGGCACCUUCCGGGCUCCCGCCGACGGCGUCUACGUCUUCACGCUCGCCGUGGACGUGAGGCCGCCCGACGCCCGCGUGCUCCCGCGGGCCGUCGCUCGGAGCGCCGGGCUGAGGCUGCGAGAGGGGGAGGAGCUAAGGCUGGAGCUGCGGGGCGGGGAGCGGGACGACGCGGUGCUGCCGCCCCGGGACACCUGAGGGCGCUGUGAGCAGGGAAAGACUCUGACCGAGAGCCCCCAAAAAGAGAGGACACAAAAGUCACAAACGUCAGCUGUGACGUGACGCCAACACUUCUCAACACGCGACCACUUCUACUUUCUUUCAUUCAAUUCAUCCACGAAAUUGGAUUUGAAUUGAUUUGUAUUUGAUUUGCAUGCGGACAACGCAAUUGACAAGGACACGACGCAAAACAAGUUUGGCUUUUGUUUUUUUCCCCUUCUGAUAUUUGCUUGAUUUCUCCUGAUACCGAGUCAGAUUUGAAAUUCCACAAGAAACAAUAGCAAUAAAGAUUUGUUUCUAUUCA